UCGAUUAUAUUCGGUUACCCUCGCGAUCCCAGCUCCACCAUUACAUCGUGCUGUUGGAGUUGUUUCUGUUUUUCAUUGUUUGGUUAGUUUUCCCUGUUUUCAUUCGUACAAAUAUAAUUGACUGUUUUACGCAAUGACGCCGCCGAUGGAAAGAAUACAGAUCUUGGAAACGAUCGAAAAAGAUAUCAUUGUUUGCUUACAAAGUGCAGGUCAAGCGUUUGUGGAGCUCAGCAAAGAAAAGUCUAGCUUGAAACAAGCCGAAGCACAAACUCAACAAUUUCUAAAAACGCUAGGUCAUGUGGAAUCCAAGUUAAGCGAACAAAUCAACUAUUUGACGCAAGUUUCGACAGGGCAACCACACGAAGGCUCUGGUUACGCGAGCCAAAAGGUUCUGCAAAUGGCGUGGCAUAGGUUAGAACACGCACGAAGUAGAGUAAAUGAGCUCGAACGUAUUAAAAAUAAACCAAGAUGAACAAAAAUUGUGGAUUGUCCUCAGCGACCUGUAAUUUUAAUUGUAAUAAUCAAAUCCAGCAAAUGGAUAUUGAGAUUUUGCAAUGAACGUCAAUUGUGCAUUUCGUAUAG